GGUAGUUGCAUUUGCGUUCUAGUGCUGAAGUUAUUACAACGUGCUCUGGCUGAUCUAGUUAAAAUGAAAAUGCCUGGGCUAUUUUUCAUUUGGUUUCUUUGCAUUUGUGUUUGUUUACCAAGUGCAGUGCUUGGUAAUGGAAAUGGCUAUGUGCUAGAUAAACCUGUAACGGAACUCUGUCUUAACUGCCUCUGUGAAGCGCUCUCUGAAUGCAAUGCUACUGCCAUUUGUGUCAAUCCAAAGAUUGGCACCUGUGGAAUCUUUCGCAUUACCAACGACUAUUGGGUCGAUGCCGGAAAAUUAACAAUCAAUGGGGAACAUCCCGACACGGAAUAUGCUUUCAUCAACUGUGCAAAUGAUCCGCAUUGUGCAGCCGACACAAUCCAGAAUUACAUGAAACAGUUCAAUCAGGAUUGCAAUGGCGAUGGCGAAAUGGAUUGUCAUGAUUAUGCGAGAAUUCACAUGUUGGGCGGCUUUAGUUGUGAGGGGGAGUUGCCGUACUUUUACCAGAGCAAGUUUGAGGAGUGCAUUGAGAAUUAUCAGGAACAGGGAUUCGAGUGAAAGCAAUAACGAAGUAUUAAUAUUAUUGGAAUUGUUUUUAAGUAUAAAAAUUAAUGUGGAAUAUCUAGAUAAUUUGCAAACUUGUUCUUUGUGCUAAUUGUCUUAAAAUAAAACCAGCAAUAAA